AUGUCUGACGAUCCUCUCCCCGUUAAAGUCUAUGUGUACGAUCUUUCACACGGCCUUGCAGCAGUCUACUCGCCAAUGAUUCUUGGUCGAGCCAUCGAAGGUAUCUACCACACUUCGGUGGUCUACAAUAACCAGGAAUACUAUAUUGACCAAGGCAUAAGGGUCUGCCGAGCUCCAGGAACCACCAAGUAUGGCCCUCCCAAAGAAGUUUUGCACGUCGGCGAAACUUUUGUUCUGCAAGAGAUCUUAGAUGAAUUCAUUGGAGAGCUUCGAGAACAUGAGGACCAGAAAUAUCAUGCACUGAAGUAUGACUUGUUCGAUAACAACUGCAACCACUUCACCGAUGUGGUGAUUGAGUUUUUGGUGGGCAAAAACCUUGAAGACCGUAUUCUCAAGCUUCCACAGGAAGUGCUUGCCACUCCCAAUGGCCAAAUGCUCCGACAGAUGCUUGGAGGCGGCAGUGGCGGAGCUCUUGGAAAUGCACUGUUUGGGUUUUAG